AAGGAAGUGAAGCUUUGGCCAGAUGAGAAGCAGAGGGAGGAUUGGCAGUUUCUCUAAAACACAGGGAAACACACGGAAUAUGCUGCAUGCUUCCUCAUGAGGGAAAGACUCUGCUGUGGCUUGCUGUACUGGUAAGCCUGGGCUUAACAGAGGGCCAGAUCACAACAGAUUACAUCCGUGUCCAAACACCAAUGCCAUGGACCGAAGCUCGGGAGUUCUGUCAGAAGCACUACGUGGAUCUGGCUGUCCUGAGCACAGAGGAGCAGUACUUCACUGUCCGCACCGCCACAGCUUCAAGCAAAGCCAGCUUUUGGCUGGGUUUGCAGCGCCAGAGCCUCGGCAGCAGCUGGAAGUGGGUGAGCGGCGAGGAACUGGGCUACAAACAGUGGUACAACAAUAACUACGAAGGCCGCUGCGCCAGCUUGGAGGCGAUGCUGAAGAAAGACCAGAAGCUGCUUCCUCGUCUGUGCAAUGAGCCACACAUGGCUCUCUGUCAAGGUCCUGUUUCUCCACAGUCAGUGACAGUGAGCUCAGUGGGAGCUCAUCGUCUGAAUCUCAGCUGGAACGUCUCCAGCUUUAUGCAGAUGACACCACACGGCUACAACCUAACAGUCUGCACCAACACCUGUGAAACACUCCUUUACUCCUACCCCGGCGGCUCUGCCCUCAUGAACAUCGAUGUCUCCAACCUGACGUCUUGUACAGAGUACUCUGUGGCCAUUGCUGCCUUUGUUGUUCGACCUGACAGCCGUACCGGUGAAGAAAUAAUCCUUCAAGAUGAGCCCACAACCUUGCAAGUCAAAACAGGUGGCUGUCAUGAUUGGAAAAAACUCCUCUGCUUCUUGUUGAAGCUGCUCAAACUGGCCUCUCUGGCUCCUCCUCUCUGGGUUCUCUAUCACAUAUUCAAAAAAGUUGCAGACGACUGCCUGGAACCAGAUCAUGAGAUCUCUGCAGUGCUCACAACUGAGGAAUAGCUGUGGAUCUUAUCCCCCAUCAGAUAAAAGGAGGAAACAUGCUUACAUCUUCAGCAGUAAUAUCCCUGAUAAGCCUUUGCCACAGGAAUAAGCUAUUUAAUCUUUUUUCUUUCCCUUAAAAACUUGACUCAUGAUGCCAUGACUUGUUUACGAAGGUGAGCAAUACGUAUCUUGCACAUGGUGAUUAUAUUCCAGAUGAAAGAGGGCUGAAAAUACUGAACUGAACAUACUGGUCAGCUUAAGGAAAACAGGUGUUUGAAGAUCUGACCAAACAGCUCAUCUGACAUUAAUCUGACGAGCGUCCACGUGUCCAGCUUCACUGCUUCAUUCGUCAUCCAGUCAUCCUGUGAGCUAAAAAACAAGACGUGUUUUGAAGCUUGGAGGAGGUUGGAGUUACGUUAGAAAACUGCUGUCGUUCCUUGUUUUGUUUUUUUAAGUUAUUGUCUUACUUUCAGUAGUCCGUUUUCUGGAUAGUGCUGCUGCUGCUGCACAGUCAAAGCCUUCAGUGUCAUGUUUGUUCUUCACAGGACAGACCCAUGUUCCCAACCCAUCCCGUUUUUGCUGAAGCAUCUGAGAAAAGUCUCAACAUCACUUUCUUGGCGGAGGCUUAAACCACAUUGUGGUGAUGCUAAUACAAUUAUGAUCUGCAUUGAAACUGUGAAUUGAGACCAUAAACACCGGAUACUGGAGUGUACAGUGUUAAUGUAAAUCCUGAGCCUCAACAGCAGCAGCGUGUUCAGAUUUAUAGUCUCAUUUCCAAAUGUUAAGAUUUCUUUACACUACAUUCUUAGCUCAGGUAUUCAGACCGAUCUUGCUAUGGAAUGCAUAUUUAAUAGAUCUUACCCACAGUAUCUGAAGUACAAAUGACGGCAGGAUAGUGCUUGGACCAUAUGUGUCAUAUCUGCAUGUCUUACUAGAACUGCCCGAAAGUGCUUGAGUUUCUUAUGUAGUUAUUUGUAUAAUAUUAAUAUAGAAGCGAAUGUCAUGAAGCAGUGAAGCGACACAUUGAUGAUCAGAUUGUCAAUUUACAGUUGAAGCUUUAUUCAACAUUAUGUGAUUAUUCCUAUGAUGCCCUUUUCAAAAGCACAAUGUAUUAUUGUUGAUUUUUACUAAUCUCUUUGUUCUUCACCUGAAGAAGGAGGAUUUGCAACUGAAAAUGACUGCAGCUAAGAAUGAAUGAAGCCUCUAUGUUUUUCAUACGCUGAAUGAAUUAGCUGUAAGAAAUAGUUGCAAAAAUCCAGUUAUUGUUUAACUUUUAAUGACUUGAGAUGAGAAAGUAAAUGUGAAUGUAGUGCCGUACCCUGCUGGAUUCAUCAGCACAGACCAGCACCUGUCAUGUUCUGGUUGAUGCUGCUGUUUGGUGUCUGAUGUCUGGUUUAGCUGCUGAUCCAGCCUGAUGACGUUGGUCCAGCAGCAUGUUCUCAUUGCCAGUCAUCACACAUUGUAACCAAAAACUCAGCAUAUGCUCUAAAACCAGCCUGCAUUGAGCCGGUUUCAUGGGCUCUGCUGACAUCUGACUUUGGUUACUCUGAAAGUGUUGUCAUAAUGAAGAAGCUGAAUGAAGUGUUCAUACUUUGCACUUUUUUUCUAUUUUUUCAAUAUUUUUUAUACGUUUUGGUACUUUUCUUGAAAGUGUAUUUUAUUCCUCUCAGGCGAGUCAAAGCACACUAACCACUUUGGAAGAAAUGCUCUACAUUCAUUAUAUUUGCUGCUGAGACAUUAGCAGUCGUAUAAACAGGAGAGUAUUGACUCUGACUCUGACUUUGAUGUUCUCAAUCGUUCAAUUUUUGGGGGGUCUGUCGUAUAUUUAAAAGACUAAAACACAUGCUGCUUCCUCUGUUAACACUAAACUCAGCAGCAGGAAUGUACUGCAAGAAACAUUUUGCAUUCAAUAAAGGUUUUUAAUCAAUGA